GUAGUCUCACUUAAUUAAAGGUGUGUCACAGUGUCACUACAGAAAUGAGUUCUCUUAUUAUGAGAAGAGGAGGGGGUCCUCAAUUGAAUCAAAAGGUUACCAUUAAUCUCAGCUCUCCAGCAAAUACAAUAUGUGCCAAUAAAGAUGGGACGAGGGUCGCUGUAGCUGGCAGAAAAAUAUUCAUUAUUUGUGACACAACCGAUCAACUCAAGGAAGUCUGCAAUUUGAGAAAUUUGCCACAGAAGCAGUUAAAUUUGAAUUUCUCUAGUAACCAUGUUCAGUGGAAUCCAAGAGAUGAGAAUCAACUGGCUACUGCUCCUACUAAUUCAGCUGUAGUUUUAUGGGAUCUCAAUAAAAGAACAAAAUCAAAACUCAAUCAUGUUUAUGAGGAAGUCCAUCAACGUGCAGUGAAUCGUGUUUGUUAUCAUCCCAGAGAUGCUAAUGUGUUGCUCAGUGCUUCACAGGACUGUACUAUUGUCUGUUUUGACACCAGACAAAAGACAGUCACAUCACGUUACUCUGGAGCUGAGAGUGUUAGAGAUGUUCAAUAUAAUCAUCACAAUGAUCAUCUUUUUGCUGCUUGCUAUGAGAGUGGUGUAUGUCAGAUAUGGGACAGGAGGCACACAGAUCAUGCUCUUAAGACUAUCAAUGCUCACAGUGGACCUGCCUACUCCUGUGCUUGGCACUUGGAGCAAGAGCAUCGGAUCGUAUCAGCAGGAAGAGAUAAAAUGAUGAAAGUAUAUGAUACACAGACAGCUCAGCAGCGUACUAAAGAAUCAUACUCAGUCAAUGCACUUUAUUCUGUAGCUAGAGUUAGGUGGAGACCACAGAACAGGAAUCACUUAUCAAGGUUACUUUGUGGAGCACUUGCCUCUUUAUUGCUCCAGCUCUUUCUUCAUGCAUAUUCAUACUUCCCAUAA